AUGAUAAACUUUUCCGGACUGACAAAGAAGAGGGUAGUCAAUCUAGGCAAUCGUAGAUCUGGAACAUUAGCAUCUGGAAACUUUCUUGAACGAUCUCGUUUGCAAAGAUUAGAAAAAGAGGAACUACGUAAUCGAAUACGAGCAACAGAGGUUUUACAAUGUCAUAUUAGGAGAUACUUAGAAUUAACACGCUAUGCUGAUUCAAUUGUUGUUGAAUGGUCAGAUAAUAAUGUUAUUAAGACUGAGAGACAAUGGAUCGAUUGGUUACGAAGAUUUAAGAUGGUGGCGAAGUGGUAUUUCCCAAGACAGGAUUUCAUAACUGUUUCACAAUUACUACGAGCUUUUCGCAAUCAUUUGGAGGAUUCAAAUUGGCCAAUACUUGAGGUCUUAUUUAACUCGGUCAUGCAAACGCUUGGGUGGUUGCUUGAGAGAUAUUCCCAGGAACGGCAAAAGUUCAAUAUUGAAGAAAAGGUAGUUAUUAAUAAUCAAAUCAUAGGUUGCAUAACGUUGUUAUUACAUAAAUUCAACCCCAAUGGGUACAAUCUAGAUGUUCCUGGCAUAUCCUCUGCGCUAUGUGAUUACAUUGAGAGGUUUGACAUAUCUGAAUCGGAACAAAAUCAAGCCGUCGAUUUAGUGUUUACAUUUGCUUACUCUGACAGGUUUGACAACUUCAUCAAGGUGUUAGAGAUAGCAAAAUAUCAUAGCAGCAAUUUCUCAUAUCUUCAAAUAAUACAAACUUUAAUGAGUAGGAAUGAUUUCCAAUUACCUGAGUUUGAACAAAUCCUGUAUGUGAAGAUGCUUUCCAAUUUCUUGGUUAUACAUGGUGGAGAAAUAGAGUUUUCACCGGAAGACUUCAGAAUCAUCAAUAGUCUACUUGAGAAUAUUAAAUGUGUAAUUGGGGUUCAAGGAGAAACAGAUAUGGAAGAAGAUACUGAAGAAGUAGAAACUGGGAAAUGGAGACGAUAUGUCUAUGUUGAACUGGAAAUUUCUUCACAAUUGGAAAUCUUGUAUUCAUCUAAAUUUGUCAGAAAUGUGAUUGAUUUACUUACUGAUUAUGAUAUUCAAUUUAGGGAUUUGGCACUUAAAAUAUUGGCGAAAUUAGUUAGCAUGUAUCCUCCUCUUAAGGGGAAGAUAUGCAUGUUGAUUUCAAUCACACCUAAUAGCUACACUUGGUUUUUUGAUUCGAUUAGACGAGAUCCAUUAUUUAAGUUAUUCACUAGCAAAGGGAUUGAUUAUGUCAAGAGAGAUCAAUUACAACAAUUGAGUUCUAAAUUGGGAGAAAGUUCAGUAGAAUCAUUCUGGAAUACAGUUUUCUUAUUUGAAGAACUGUAUUCAUAUUGGCUUAUAGUGUCGAAUGAUUUAGAAAGUUUUAGUGAUGAUAAAUUAAGUAUUGAAGAAACGAAACAAUUUCUUGAUUUUUUGAAAAUUCUUUGCUUGACAUUGAUAUUCAUUAAUGAUGGGAAAUAUUUCCCAUCAUAUUCUAAAUUAAAGAGGAUUUCAUUGGCAUUAUUGAAUCAAUUAUAUUUGAAGAAUUUAAGAAUGAACUUCUUGGCGAAAGAUUAUUGGAUACCUAAAGAAUUAGUCUUUAGUAUUGAGAUAUUAAUCAGAUAUGUCUCUGCUGAUGAAGAACGAAAAUUUGAAGAAGAAGCACAACAAGAUGACGAAGUUGACUACAUGUUUGAAGAUGAUUUACAAUUAAGACAUACCAAAAAAUUGAUUGCAACUCCAGAUAUAUUAGCCAAGGUUGAAAUUCUUAAGAAAUUACCAUAUUUUAUAGCAUUCAAGGAUCGAGUACGGAUUUUCCAAGCCUUGAUUGAGUUGGACCGAAAAAGAUUUUCCAAUCGGAAUCCGUUUGCAUUUGAAUACGAAUCAAGAAUAUCGGCAAAUAUACGAAGAGAUCAUUUACUCGUGGAUGCAUUUGAACAAUUCUCGAAAUCGGCUUCUGCGUUUAAGAAAAAGAUUCUGGUUGUAUUCUUCAAUGAAUGGGGACAAGAGGCAGGGAUUGAUGGAGGGGGGAUAACCAAAGAGUUUUUAACAAGUGUGGUGAAGGAAGGGUUUUCGCCAGAUAAUGAAUUGAGACUAUUUAAGGAAACGUAUUCACAUAAUCAAGUAUAUCCUAAUGAGAAUAUAUAUCAAAAUCUUAAGCUUGGGGUGAAUAGUGAAUUACAACAAAUAAAAUUGGCAUAUUUGAGGUUCUUGGGGAUGGUAAUUGGGAAAUGUUUCUUUGAGAAUGUAUUGGUUGAUAUAUCAUUCGCCCCCUUCUUUUUGAAUAAAUGGUGUAGUGACAAUAUGAAAAAUUCAAUCAAUGAUUUAAGUUAUUUAGAUAAUGAAUUAUUUGUUAAUUUGAUGAAAUUAACUAGAAUGAGUGAUGAAGAAUUAGAAGCAUUAGAUUUGAAUUUUACAAUUGAUGAAAAAGUAUCUGGUAAGACAUUUGUAUUUGAUUUAAUGCCCCCUCAUGGUCAUGAUGUACAAGUUACUUCUUCGAAUGUUUUGAAUUAUAUUCAUCAGCUUUCAAAUUUUAAGUUGAAUCAAUCAUUACGUAUUCAGACUAAGUAUUUCUUAGAGGGUUUAUUUCUGAUGAUUAAUGCUAAUUGGUUGAGUAUGUUUGAUGGGUUUGAAUUACAAAUGUUGAUUUCUGGAGGUGAAAGUGAUGUGAAUAUUGAGGAUUGGAAAGACAAUGUAGAGUACGGUGGAUAUUUAGAAAAUGAUUUGAGUGUACAAUAUUUCUGGGAAAUUGUUGGAGAAAUGACUGCCGAGGAAAGAUUUAAGUUAAUAAAGUUUGUAACAUCAGUUAGUCGAGCACCAUUACUUGGAUUUGGUUCUUUGUCCCCGAGAUUUGGGAUUCGGAACUCUGGUAGUGAAGCUACACGAUUACCAACUGCUUCGACAUGUGUCAAUCUACUUAAAUUACCUGAUUAUCGAAAUAAGAAAAUCAUGAGAGAGAAACUUUUAUAUGCGAUUAAUACCGAGUCAGGAUUUGAUCUAUCUUAA